CCUAUACUUUUUGUUCGAGUUCUUUGCUAAUCGUGUUGAAAAUAAAAUUUGUAUUGGAUUUGACAUCCGAAAAAUAUUGCCGCAAAAAGAAAAACACUUCAGAAUUGUGAUAUUUGUCAUUCUAACGGUCCGUCUAAUGGUUGGCAUUAUUGAGUGAACUUGACGUCAGCCAAUGGAACACUUCAUCUCGACGAACUGAAUCAUUUUCAUUUACCUUUUACCUUCUGCACUUCAGCUGCGUUGCGAAUUGUUGCCUAUGUAAAAUGGCGUCCAAUCAAAAAGUUCAUUCUUAGGUCGGAUGAAGUUGCUUUUAAUCGAUUUUAUGAUAUUACUUGAAACGGCUUGUUGUAGAAGCCAAAGACACAUUUUAGUAACUUGCAUUGAUGGUAAUGCAUGCAAGGAAAACUCAGCGGAUGAACGAUGGGUACUUCGAGAAGCAUCAAGCCCAUCCUUAUCAGUGGUUGACUUCCAAGUGCCAACAUAAAACCAUACAACUCAUUUUUUAACAUGCAGAGCUCGAAGUACAGUUCAUCGAAGAGUUAUGGAUCAAGCAGUGAUAGAUACGAAAGACUUAGAGAUUCGCCAAAUGGGAAUUAUCGUUCAGACAGUCCCGAUACCAAAUCCCCGAGGGACAGGGAUAGGUCUUAUCAGUCGAAAAGCUCCUAUCUACAGAAAAUUCGUGAAAAGGAGAGAGAAAAUAGAGACUACAAGUCAUCAAGGGAUAAAUAUUCAGAUUGUACAAGGUCUCCAAAGGAUAAAAGGAGUAGAGAAUCUGAACAUAGAAGUACCAAUGAUAGAAAUGAUGAAAAGAGUAUCUUGCAUCCACUGAAAGUAUCACAGAAUUCAUCCAGAGAUAGGAAACCUAUGCAUAAUAAUUGUAAUGAUAAGAGAGAUGAGAGAGACAGAGUAGCCAGAGUUGGUGAUUGGACAGAGCAUGUCAGUUCAUCAGGCAAGAAGUAUUAUUACAAUUGUAAAACUGAAGUGUCGCAGUGGGAAAAACCGAGGGAAUGGAUAGAAAAGGAGAGAGAUCGAUUCAGAUCGAGGGAGAGGGAGAGGGAAAGGGAAUCAGAUAGGUGCUGCAGCAGUUCCAGUCGUUCAAGUACAAGGCAUGAGAAACAUUCCAAUUCAAGAGCCACGAAUAGCGGUGGUAGCGGCAACAAGGAGAGGGAAAGUGCAACCAGCAGCCGCCACUGGAACAGCAACAAUAGUAGAGAUGACAAUGAAGUAUCCGCCAAAGAAUCAUCACGAACAACAGCGAGGAAACACUCUGAAGAAAACACCCAUUCCACGCAGGACAUGGACAUCUCACCGGGAGACAGCACUCCCACCUCAGAAGUUUCGUAUAGUAACAAUUCUCAAGGGGUUCAAGAGCAGGCGGUCCCCGUCGGGCCGGUCCUAUUGGCGACCGCCCUGCCGAGGCUGAUCUCUCAUCCGAUCUACAUGCCUCCCACGCCGGGAAGGGGCGAGACCUCCCCCCAGAGUACCCCGUCUAUGGUACCCGUGCCUUCGACGGUCACCGUAUCCAACACGCCUGGACCUCCGGUGGUGGGCGGACUGCCGAGGAUUCCUUCGCAGACGCCCUGUUUGGACGGUCAGAAUAUCGAUAAGAAUGUUCAUAGUUCAGUUUCUAAUUUGCAAAGACAAGGUAUUUCAACCAUAGACAACCAUAGUGCAGUGCUGACUUCUUUAAGUGUGGACACUAGUAAUCACUCAGGAACUGUGGUUGAAGGACCCCCCACCCCCACACAUUCGGAGAAUGCGGAUUGUAUAAAGGCUGUUUCAGCACCUGUAAGUAGUCCACCUGGUACAAAUGUUUCAACCCUGACUGGAGUUCAUUCGAGUUCGUUACAAGCUUUAAGACCACAGGGACCUAGCAUAACCCCUUCAUUAGUAAAUUAUUAUAGGGAUGAUUUAGUUAAUCAUGUUCGAGGGUGGCCAGCAGAUAUUUUGGAGAAGCAGGCACAAAAAUUGGCAGAAGAAGCACACAUAAUGGGGAGUAUACAGUGCUGCAAAGUUUCAGCAGAACUUAAAUCUGCUAGAUCAUUGGUUCGGUUAACGGAGAUACAGGCAACGUUACAAGAACAGAGAGUUUUGUUUCUACGCCAACAAAUCAAAGAACUUGAAGAGCUGAAAUCACAAAAUUCUUUCAUGUCAGAGGAUCCCUAGUGGUAGGAUAUCACAAGUAUGAUGAUAAUGGUUAAUCAUAUUCGUACAGUGAAAUUUGAUUCAUUCAACAAAAUUCUUACAACUAUAUUUAUAAUUUUCAAAAAUCCAUCAAAUUUCGCCUUGAUAAGAAAGGAUUUAGCAUUUUGUUGUUUUGUUAUAAACUUAAAGACUUAUAGGUAAAGUUUACGUGUAUUAUACAAAAAUGGUUUUAUGUUUUAGGUUAGACAGAUUCGAUGUAAUAUAAACAUAGUAAAUUUUGUGUAUAUUUUCAUUUGGUAAGCGAUUUUGGCGAAAUCCCAAAUUAAUUUUUGUACAGAUAUAAAUGUGCCGUUUUUAGUUCGAUUUUCAUGAAAAUGUGAAUUCUGUUCGAUGUUGUGUUGAAAGUUCUGAAAUUCCUUUAUUCAACAUUAUUUAUUCUCCAUUAUAGAUAUAAGUUUACAUUAAACAUUCGAAGAUUGUUUUCACCAAAUGGAAGCAUACACUAAAGCAACAGCAUUGCAUUGGCCUUUGAAAAUAUAUAUUAUUUUUUCAAUGUGUUGAAAUCUACAUCUUGUGAUAUGACACCGUUAAUUUUUCUGUUCAAUGUAUGAUAUACUAAGUUACGAUCUGCCAUUCGAGAAAAUUUUUUCCCCUCCCCGUAAUUUAAUGAGAUGAAUCUGAAUUAAAGAAUUGUUUUUAAUGGCAUUAUCUAUAUAUAAUGAUUUAUUUACAGUUUUGUACAUUAUUUUCGAUUCGAUUGAAGAAGAAUAGAAUUACAGUCCUACUUGCAAAUAAUUGGUGAUUUUUUCAUAGAAGCUGCCUCUUCUGAACUUCAGCACCUUUUUUGGCUGAGAAAUACUUGUAUAGUGUAUCCAUGUAUUUGAGUGUAUGUAUGUUGAAUAUAAUCUUAUGAAUUCAAAUGUUCCAUAACAGUGACAUUAAACUUUUUAAUCUAUA